AUGUAUUACCAAAGUGUGUCUAAUGUAAGCGAGGACAUUGGACAACAUGACGAGAAUAUACCAAUUUUGGACCAUACCGAGGGAGUCCAGUUGGUGUUUAGAAACAUAGUCUACAAGGUGCCAAACAAACAAUACUCUAUAAAGAAGAGUAAGAAGCAGCAGGAGAAUGGUGGCGACGAUGAGUAUGGCCAGAAGAUCAACUAUCAGGACAAGGAUAUCACCAUUCUCCAUGGUGUCAGUGGUGUGAUUGAGCGCGGCGAGCUGGUGGGACUGAUGGGCCCGUCCGGAUCGGGCAAGUCCACCCUGCUCGAUAUCUUGGCCGAGCGCAAGAGCUCGGGCACAAUCACUGGCAGCUUGUUGGUCAAUGGCAAGGAGAUUGGAGCGGCCUACAAGAACUACUGCGCGUACGUCACACAGGAGGACAUCUUGCUUCCGACUGCAACUGUCGAGGAGACGCUGCGCUUCCACGCCGACUUGCGUCUGCCGCACAUGAACGACGAGUAUAAGCGCAGGAAGAUCCAGCAGGUCCUCGACGAGAUUGGACUGUCACAUCGCGCAAAGUCCAAGAUUGGCGGUCUGCUGCCUGGAGGCAUCAUGCUUCGUGGCCUAUCGGGAGGUGAGAAGCGUCGCGUGUCCAUUGGUUGCGGACUGGUCACCAACCCUUCACUCAUAUUCUUGGACGAACCCACCUCGGGUCUCGACUCUGUCAACGCGUUGAUCGUCAUGAGGACAUUGAUGCGUCUGACGGACCGCGGUGUCACGGUGGUGUGCUCGAUUCAUCAGCCUCGCCAAGAGAUCUGGAAGUUGUUCACCAAGGUCAUGGUCGUGGUCAAGGGUCACAUGAUAUACUCGGGCGGUGACAUUGUUGGCUAUCUCAACGAGCUAGGUUAUCCAAUGCCACCACACGUGAAUCCAGCCGACUUUUGUCUAGACACAGCCGUGGAGAUUGGUGAGAGCACACGCUAUCCAGACAUCUGCAAUCGAUGGAAACAAAUGUGGGAGGUAGAGUCCAACUCCAACGCUCAUCCUCCACCUGACAACCUGACUGUUAGGCCAACUCCAUCAUGGUUGUAUCAAUACCGUAUCCUACUUGGAAGAGUUGCCAGAGACUUUGUUAGGAAUCCAGGUAACUGUGCAGCGAGGACUGUUAUGGGUAUCAUCAUUGGACUCCUUGGAGGCUCUUGUUUCGGUGGUCUAGGCUACACACAACUUGACAUACCCAAGAUCCUCGGACUUCUCUUCUUCCUCAUCGUCUCACUCAAUCUCAUGCCCUACACCUCCAUUGCCCUAUUCUUGUCUGGAAAGGCAUUGUUCAAUCAGGAGCGUGCAUCAAAGUUGUACCACCCAUUCCCAUACUUCUUGGCAUUGCUUACCAUGGAGAAUGUGGUCGUGAUCAUGGUGUCGGUUAUCUUGCCAGGUAUAUGUUACUCGAUCGCAGGACUAAGUUGGGAGACAAUGCCCUUUGCCCUGUUGACACUAUAUGUGGUGCAUCUUCUGUCGGACUUUUGUGUGAUUGCUGCCACCAACAUCACUGGCACUAGCGAUCACAGCUUCACCCUGGGCUCGGGCUUCUCUGUAAUCUUCAUCCUUUUCUCUGGCUUCUUUGUGCCCGCCUCACAACUGCCCAAGGCCACCGGAUGGAUUCACUGGGUUAACCCGCUGUACUAUACAUUCACGGCACUGAUCAUCAAUGAGUUCCAGGGCAAGAAACUGGAGUGCAUCGAGUUCCUGCCCUGUCCAUUCCCCAAUGGUGAUGACCUGAUUGCCGCCUAUGGUCUGGAGAACUACACUCGCGAAGAAAUGCUUGGUAUUGCUGCAGGCUACACCUUCUUACUCUUUGUCAUUUCCUAUCUUGCCUUGGCAUUCCUACACAAAGAGAGAAGAUAA